AUGGCACUAUUCUUUCAGGGUGCUAAUGACUUAAUUUUGGAGCAAUGCAGUGACCCGUCAUCUAAUUCAAACCCCGAGUACUUUUUAACUCGACAUGUGAACUUCAAUUGGAGAAUCGAUUUUAACACCAAGACAAUUUCUGCCUGCGUCGCAUACGAAAUGAUCCCUUUCGACUUGUAUACCACUCCCGACCAAAUGUUGGUGUUUGAUGUUAAAGAUCUUGAAAUAUCAAAAGUUUGUAUAAAUCAAAUGGAGGCGAAAUGGUUAUUAACUGACGGCCCUUAUCCGGAAUUGGGGAAUUGCCUCAAAAUUCAUCUUCCUAGACAAACUCAAAGUUUCACUCUGCACAUAGAAUAUCGGACAUCGCCACAGUCAUCGGCCCUGCAAUGGCUAGAUGCUGCAAUGACCGCUGACAAACAAAAACCCUUCCUCUUCACCCAAUGUCAGUCCAUUCACGCCCGAAGCCUCUUCCCCUGUCAGGAUACCCCAAGAGUAAAGUUUACUUACACCGCUACGGUUUGCGCAGACCCCUGUAUGACUGUUCUCAUGGGUGCAAAAUACUUCAUGGAUCCCAAUGCGUGCCCCUCCUCCGGUCAACCGGUUCACAAAUUCGAACAGCCGAUGCCAAUACCAAACAUGCGUUAUGAGGACGACAAACUUGAACUCUGCAUUAUUAAUGGCGGCUCCAGGGGCCCGAGCCAAAUCGGACCGCGCAGCAGAGUGUGGGCUGAGCCGAGUGUUGUAGGAAAAGCGGCGUAUGAAUUUGGUGAAGUCGACAAGAUUAUUUCUGCUGCCGAACGCCUUUGUGGCCCCUACCAAUGGGGCAACUACGACAUUGUUGUUUUGCCUCCCAGCUUCCCUUACGGCGGCAUGGAAAACCCCUGUCUCACCUUUGUGACACCAUGUCUGCUGGUAAGUGUUUAG